AUGUUAUCAUCUACAUUUGAAACAUUACCUGAUGAAAUUUUAAUGGUAAUUAUACAAUAUUGCGGUAAUAUUUAUAGUAUAUUUCGAGCUUUUUCUGGUUUAAAUCAACGUAUAAAUAAUAUUCUUAUUGAUAGACGUUUACAUUUACUCACCGAUUUUUUAUUUUUUGAGAUUGAUAAUCUAACUAUUGAAUAUUAUUAUAAUUCGAAAUUGUUUCAUGAUAUAUCUCAACAAUUAUUAUCUUUGAAAACAAUAGAAAAUGAUGAACAAUUUCGACAAUGUCUUCAAUCAUUAGUUAUUUUUCAUAUAACAUAUAAAUAUAAACAAUCUAUUGAAAUGUUAGAAUUAAAUAUAAAACAUUUUCAAUCUAUACGUAUGCAUCUUACUAAUAAUGCAAUUAAUAGUUUGGAUAAUGAAUUACAGAAAAUAUUUACAGAUUUACAACACUGUUCAAAACCUAUGACAAAAAUGAAACUAAUUAAAUCUUUAGUUUUAACCAAAGGUGCUAAACUUGAAUGUCCUGAUAGUGAAUAUAUGAAAUUUAAUUUUGUUCAAGCGAUAAAUCAUUUAUUACUAGCGAACAUUACCAAUGUUCAACCUGUCUCUCAACGAUAUAUUAAUUCUCUCAUUCAAAUGUUUAAAGUACUCAUAAUUUCGAAUCCAACACUUUUAUAUAAUCGAGUUAAUGUUGGUAAUAGUGAUAAUAUAGUCUAUUAUUUUUUAUUUUAUUCAAUCUAUAGAUUAAAAUAUUUUAGUUAUCAAACAUCAUCUAAUUUUCUUAAUAUUCAAUAUUAUAGAGCUGCUGUAGAUUUACUUCUUUUUACUUUACAAUGUUUGAAAUAUGUAUCAAUCGAAAAAUUUUGGAAAAAUCAAAGUUUUUUGGAUAUAUUACAAAUGAUUUCACCUAUACAACUUAAUAUUGAUCAUAAAAUUUUUGUUUAUACAAGUCAAAUUGAAAUAUUAAAAAUUCUAUUUGAUGAAAAUAUUUUCAAUGAGACAAUAUAUCGAGAUAUAGAAUUUUAUAAAACAUUUCAACAACCUCUAAAAAAUUUAAUUAUAAGCAAUCGAAUUGAUAUAAUCUUAUUCGUUUUUAAUUAUAAUGAACAAAUAAAGAAUUUUUUUCAAAAAUCAUGGAAUAGUCAAAUAAUUGUUGAUAUUAUUAUGGAAAAUCAAAAGAGAAAACAAUUAUUUCAUGCACUUCUAGAUCAUAAAUCAUUGGGAUUAUGGUUAGCAACAAGUACAGAUCUAUUGUUUGUUCUAUUACAAAGAAAACAAUAUACAUUUUUGCAGAAAUUAUUCCAUCAAUCACCAUUACUUAUUCAUCGAUUAGAUGAAGAUGGUAAUGAUCCAUUACUUUAUAUUUGUCUCAAAGCACAUGGAUGUCGACAUAGAUUAGUUGAAUAUUUAAUCAAAAUAGGAUGUGAUUUAGAAAGACGAAAUUUACAAAAUGAAAAUUUUAGCGAUGCAUUACAAUUGACAACAAAUAAAAAUUUAUUGGAGAAACUAAUUGAACAUGAAAUAAUUCAGAUCGAUCAGAAAUCUAAAGAGAUAAAAAUUCCUUUAGUUAAACAAUCACAAUGA